UUAUACAAAUGAGUUUAUGCGAAUCUCUGACGGCUUAUCAGGCACUGCAGCUGUUCCACAAAGCAUGGUACAUGCUGGUACCUCAUUUACUUUUGCAUCUUCUGGAGGACGGAAAACACGCAGCAAACUACUCAGUCAGCUGCAAAAUAAAUCACUUCAUAAAUUACCCGAAACCCUCGAAAUGCAUCUCGAACUUCACGUAAGCGACUGCGAAGAGAAAAAGGAUGCUGUGCGGCGGAUCCAACCAAGACAGUUUGAGCGCUUGAUGUCGAUGAAUUCUGAUGAACGCUACGCGAAGUUAUUCCAGACCACACUGUUCUGGAUAGGAAAAUUAUGGGAAUUUUCGUCGACACAAAUACGUCAAUUUCCGCGUUGCGUUAUUACUAGUACGGAUGCAUCUACUGAUGAGAUUACAAAUGUUUAUGGCAAGGAAAAGCUAAAAGGAUGGUACGGGAAACCGGAACAAGAGAUGGACAGAAUGCAAGGUAUAGGAACUCAUCAGGUUGUGAGAGAAAAUCUGCUGCUGGAGAAUCGGGACGUUAAAUCAAGAUUUUCAACAGUAGUACAUUAUUUGACAAAGAAACUGAAUAAGCGCCGUCAAUGUAAACUCCGCUGGUAUGGUUGCUUGGAGAAAAGAUCUAGUAGUGAAGGAAACAGUUAUUCUGAGUCACAGGAGUGA